UUGGGAGAGCGUGCGACUGAAGUUCGCAAGGUCGCUGGUUCGAUCCCGGCUCGUCCCAUUAUUUUUUUUGCAUUAUUCGUCUGCUCGGCUAGUUACGGACCAAGUAUCAUCUUCCCCAGACAAACGGGUCCCAGGAUGCAUUAUAGUCCCGCCUUCGUUCGCAACUAUUGGUCCUUCCUCGAGACUACCCAUAUUAUUUUCCUCAUAUUCUUUCCAAUAAUCCCUGCAUCUUGCAUCCCAAAUGGGACGAUAGCUCAGUUGGGAGAGCGUGCGACUGAAGUUCGCAAGGUCGCUGGUUCAAUCCCGGCUCGUCCCAUAUGUUUUUUACAUUUCUUCAUCAGCAGUUGUAAAUUAGCUUCAUGA